CCCAAACAAGGUUUGUUGCAGCUGUCUUAGCCCAAGUCUUAACCAGCUAGCUAGGGGUCGAUGACGUGUGGAGAACUUUAGUCCUCGGCGGGAAUCUUUUUUGACGUCAAAUCUGAAAGUGGUGCACGCUGCCUUUUUAUUCUUCUGUCUUAACAAUCACCCCCCUCCAUUGUAUACAUACACAAUACGUAGGUGGUAAAUAUUAUUCACUCAGGGCUGCCACCCGACCUCUUCAGCUGAAAGGAAAAGAAGAACAUUGCUUUUUUGGUUUUUUUUGUCAUACCAAUCUUUUUUUAAUACCCGAUACUUAAUCAGGAGAGCCUUGUUUACCCGCUGUGACCCCUGAUAAAGACCGGAAUCAACCUGAUCUAUCAGAUACUAAAUAGCUCGUAUUCCUAGCCUCGGAUCCCUUUGUGGAACUCUAUCCCCGCUAGGACAUUCAUCCCGUCCGUUCCGUCUUUAUCUACGGACUCGAAACCAAUUUUCGGACUUCAGGUUUGGGGGGUCCAGCCAACCACAUAGGGUACCAUUCCGAGCCCCGCGGGUAGUCGUGAAUCUAUAGACGACGUCUUGAAAACGUCACCAUAAUGUCAGAAGUCACUCCGAACCCCCAGGCCGCUGGCUCUAGUUGGACCUCGUUCCUUAAAUCUAUCGCUUCUUUCAAUGGCGAUCUCUCCUCCCUAACUGCGCCGCCCUUUAUUCUUUCCUCCACGAGUCUUACCGAGUUCAGUUCGUAUUGGGCCGAACACCCCCGCAUCUUCGCCGCUCCCGCAAAAGAAACCGACCCAGCAAAGAGGGCCUUGCUAGUACUGAAAUGGUUCUUGACUACUCUGAAGCAGCAGUACGCAAGUCGAAGCGAACAAUAUGGUAACGAGAAAAAGCCUUUGAACCCUUUCCUUGGUGAGCUAUUCCUAGGAAAAUGGGAGGACGAUGCAGGUACAACCGAGUUGGCCAGCGAACAGGUGAAUCACCACCCACCCGCGACCGCGUAUAGCAUUACCAACGUACCGACCAAAGUCCAUCUCCAGGGAUAUAACGCUCAGAAGGCUAGCUUCUCCAAGACAAUCAAUAUCAAACAGAUAGGACAUGCUGUCCUCACAGUCCCGGACCCAUCCAACCCCGGAAAGGAAGACACCUACCUGAUCACGCUACCAUCUCUUCACGUCGAAGGGCUGAUAUUUGGCGCGCCAUUCAUCGAGCUUGACAGUGCGUCUUACAUCACUUCAUCUACGGGAUUCACUGCCAAGAUCGACUACAGUGGUAAGGGCUGGCUAAGCGGCAAGAAGAACUCAUUCACGGCGACUCUAUACCCAACCGGCAAGGAGAAGGAAGUUCUGUACAACUGCUCCGGUCAAUGGACAAAGGCGUUUGAGAUUCACGCUGGGCCGGUGAAGACGAAUUCUUCUAAAACCCUCAUCGAGAGCUGGGACCCUGCCAACAACCCCAUUACAGAGCUUGAGGUUGCACCCGUCGAGAAGCAACAUCCACUUGAGUCUCGUCGCGCAUGGGCUAAUGUCGCCAAGGGUAUUGCCAAAGGAGACAUGGAUUAUGUAGGUAGGGAAAAGACCAAGAUCGAACAGGCACAGCGUGCGCUCCGCAAAAAGGAACAAUCCGAAGGUCGCGAGUGGGAGCGGAGGUACUUUACUGCUCUCUCCGAGCCGGAUGCGACAUUUGCGGAGUUAGCCCCGAACGUCGGACUUAGCGUGAAUGGGGACGCAGACAAAACAGGUGGCUUGUGGCGCUUCGAUGCUGACAAAGCUAACAAGGUCAAGGGGCAGGAGUUGAGUGACGACGAGAAGACCCAGUUGGCUCAAGAACUACUCGGCCAGUAAAUUCCUACCAACAUCUACAUACAGCAGCGGCAAGAAGAAAUACAUAGGGGUUGCAUUGGAUACUCAACAUAUACAGAUGGUUCAAUAAUUUCACUGGGGAAGACCUUGGCGUAGGGUAAGGGAUGGCGCCUGCUUUUUGCCCAGGUUAACUAUCGCUCAAGGAGAUAAUAAUUUAAUCAGCAAUACAACUUGUUUGAACGCGCUUGUCUGUUCUAAGGUUGUGUUAUGAGCCAAUCAAAUCUACGGGUAUUACUCACCAAAACUCUUUAAAAUGAUAUGAGAAGAUGUUGGGAACUGAUGCCAGUAAGGAAAGCUAUGGAGUAGUUGUUCUUUGAUGAUUUUUUCUAGGAAUGAACAACAGGAACUUUUUCUCAUAUUUGCUUUAUGGAUUAUAUGAUGGCGGUUUUUGCUUAGAAUCCGGCACCCGCUAACUACCGCUACCCCGAUCAUGAUUACGGGUUAAGCUAUCCCGGUGCAAAUUAGUAAGCUCGAGUAAUUCAUUGUUAUUAACAAGGGAAGCAAAAGUACAGAAGGAAUUAUUACUGUAGAUGAUCUUCAUUCUAUUCUAACAUGGUGAAAUUGAUCCCAGAAGACAGUACUAGUAGACCCUAAGAAAAUAU